UGGGGACGUCACUCCCUACCCAGCAGCCCUCGCGCGGCCCGGCCCUGCGGACACCCAGGACUCCAAGAUGGCGUCGGCCGUGUCAUUGAAAGAGAAAAGACUCUUGGAUGUCAAAUUAGGGGAGCUGCCAAGCUGGAUAAUGAUGCGGGAUUUCACCCCAAAAGGCAUUGCUGGAGCAUUUCAAAGAGGUUACUACCGGUACUAUAACAAGUACAUCAACGUGAAGAAAGGGAGCGUGGCGGGGGUUUCCAUGGUGCUGGCCGCUUACGUGCUUUUCAACUACUGCCGCUCAUACAAGGAACUCAAACACGAGCGGCGACGCAAGUAUCACUGAAGUGGGCUUCUGCAUUCCUGACUGACCUUGCCUGGCACCUGAAUCGUUUCCUAGCUUAACUGAGAAAUAACUCAAUAAAAGAUGACUGGUUUGUGGACUGCU